AUGGUGAACCCUUUCAACCUCUGGGCACCAAGAACCACAGGCAGCCCUGAUACGUGCAGCCCUGAUAAGUGCGGCCCUGAUACGUGCGGCCCUGAUACGUGCGGCCCUGAUACGUGCGGCCCUGAUACGUGCGGCCCUGAUAAGUGCGGCCCUGAUACGUGCGGCCCUGAUACGUGCGGCCCUGAUACGUGCGGCCCUGAUACGUGCGGCCCUGAUACGUGCAGCCCUGAUACGUGCAGCCCUGAUACGUGCAGCCCUGAUACGUGCAGCCCUGAUACGUGCAGCCUCUGGGCACCAAGAACCACAGGCAGCCCUGAUACGUGCAGCCCUGAUACGUGCAGCCCUGAUACGUGCAGCCCUGAUACGUGCGGCCCUGAUACGUGCGGCCCUGAUACGUGCGGCCCUGAUACGUGCGGCCCUGAUACGUGCGGCCCUGAUACGUGCGGCCCUGAUACGUGCGGCCCUGAUACGUGCGGCCCUGAUACGUGCGGCCCUGAUACGUGCGGCCCUGAUACGUGCGGCCCUGAUACGUGCGGCCCUGAUACGUGCGGCCCUGAUACGUGCGGCCCUGAUACGUGCGGCCCUGAUACGUGCGGCCCUGAUACGUGCGGCCCUGAUACGUGCGGCCCUGAUACGUGCGGCCCUGAUACGUGCGGCCCUGAUACGUGCGGCCCUGAUACGUGCUACGUGCGGUCAAUGGAGAUUCUCAGUCUCGCUCCCUCACUCUCUCGAAAACAUCAUGAGUGA